AUGUUCGAUCGGUUCCUGGACCGAGUGCAGAAGAUGCUGGGGGAGAAGUACCUCCACUUCCUCUUUGGGCAGGUGGAGAUUGUCCGGGGCUCGCGGCUUCAGCGUAUCUACUUCUUAGUGCCGAAGGCCGUCCGCGUCUUGAAGAACCAUUCACUGGUUCACAAGUGGCAAGAGGAGUGCCUCGUGAACGUGGAGCGGUCCUCCCCAGAGGCACAGAUCGACGACUUUGCUGACAUGGUCAACGGGCAGUACAUCUCCUUCGUGCAGAAGCAAUACGACCUCCUGCGGAAGCCCUGGCCCUUCAACGCGGCGGGGGAAGUCAUCGCGCUUUGCAUCAAUGCGACGAUGCUGACCACGGCCAUCAUCAACAGCAUCCUUGUCCUGGUGUAUGUAGGCUCCUACUCAGAGCACUCCAUCACGGCGCAAGAUAUUCACUUUCCGAACCAUUUGUCCGUCUACGCGCUCACGGGCUUCGCCGCGGUGCAUUUCAGCCUCUCCGUGCUUUGGCUUGGCUUCUACAUCCUCUCCUACAGCGGGUGGAUCAUUGAGACCAAGGUGGACCAAUGGCGAGAAGAUCAUCCGCAGUUGCAGAGCCAGCUGAAUCACCCGCUCUAUCGGCUAAGCCUGCAGGCCAAGAUCUUUUUCAGCGACGGACAGCUUCUCUACACGCUGUUCUUGCUGGCGUUUUCCUUCUUGGGCCUUUUCGUUAGCUUCUUGUUCAACGCCGUGAACACCAUCGACCUUUGCAUGCGGAUUCCCAUCCUGGCCAAAGUCAUAGAGUCCAUCACGGUGAGUGUGGACCAAGUGGCAGGCACCAUGGUCCUGGGCUUCUGCAUCCAAUACAUGGCGGUGGGUGCCGGCUUCCUGCUCUUCAGCCAGGGCUAUGGCUUUGCCGACAAGGACACCUCCGCAUGUUCCACACUGAUGGAGUGCCUGCGCGCGCACUUUGACUACGGCUUCAGAAGCGCACCGGUGUGGAGCAGCGCGAAGCUGACCUACACCCGCUUUACCUUUGACUACAUCUACAACCUGGUCAUCAUCCUGAUCAUGGCUGCCAUCAUCUCAGGAAUCAUCAUCGACACCUUCGCGGAUCUGCGCGAGCAACAGCAGAGCAUCCAGGAAAAGAUGAAGUCCAGCUGCUUCAUUUGCUCUCUCAGCAAGUCUGAGCUGGAGCGCAAGCGCGUGAAGUUCGAGAACCACAUCCUGAAGGACCACUACAUGUGGGCGUAUGCCCGGUUCCUUCUGUACCUGGAUGAGACGGAUCCGGCGGAGCUCAACGGUCCUGAGAGCUAUGUCAAGCAGCAAAUCAAGGAGAACAACACCAGCUUCUUCCCCAUUGCCCGGUGCAUCGCCACCGAGUCCAGCGACGCUGGCGAGGAGCACCUGGAGCGAGAAGCGCGGGUGAAAGACUUGGAUGAGUUCAAAGAAAGGAUGAAUGCCAUGGCAGCCGACACUGAGAUCAUGGUUCAAUCCGAGCGAGGCAUGAAGGCCGAGAUGAAGGAGCUGCGCGACGCUGUGUCGGGCCAAGCGCAGAAGGUGCAGGCCCUGAAUCAGCUCCUCACCUCGGAUGAAGAUGAGGACAAGAAGAAAAAGAAGAAGAAGGGAGCUUAA